UCAGACCAUCAACACAGCAGGCAGCACCUCCACUACUUGCUUGCUUUGCUUGUAACUACCCACAGCUAGCUACUUGCAUUGCCUUGGCCAGCGUUAGCUAGUUAUGGCCAACAAGAAGCUCCCCACCCUUCCCCUCACCGCCGUCCUGAUGCUUGCGCUCGCCGCGCCCUCACUCGCCGGCGACCCCGACAUGCUCCAGGACAUCUGCGUCGCCGACUACAAAUCCCUCAACGGCCCUCUGAGGCUGAACGGGUUCCCGUGCAAGAGGCCGGAGAACGUGACGGCCGACGACUUCUUCUCCGGCCUGCUGGCGAGCCCCGGCGACACGGGCAACGCGGCGGGGUCGGCGGUCACGGCGGCGAACGUGGAGAACCUCCCGGGGCUCAACACCCUGGGCGUGUCCAUGUCGCGGAUCGACUUGGCGCCGUGGGGCGUCAACCCGCCGCACACGCACCCGCGCGCCACCGAGGUCAUCUUCGUGCUCCAGGGCUCCCUUGACGUCGGCUUCGUCACCACCGCCAACAGGCUCUACGCCCGCACCGUCUGCAGCGGCGAGGUCUUCGUCUUCCCGCGCGGCCUCGUGCACUACCAGAGGAACAACGGCGGCACCCCCGCCGCGGCCAUCUCGGCCUUCAACAGCCAGCUGCCGGGGACGCAGGCCGUCGCACAGGCACUCUUCGGCGCCUCGCCGGCGGCGCCCACCGACGUGCUGGCCAGGGCGUUCCAGAUCGACGGCGGCCUCGUGGAGGCCAUCAAGUCCAAGUUCCCGCGCCCCCAGUAGGCCCCGCGUUUGAUAUACGUAUAUACAUACGCUGGCUAUAUAUAUCCGUCAGUACAUCAUCACGUUGCUUGUAUGCUGUAAUAAAGUCAACUGGUUACUACAUUGGGUGGUUGUUUCGUGUGGUCCUGCAUGGCCUCCACACUUAUUCACUGUUGCUGCUUUUCAACUUUUGAGUAAACCACUUAUUCUGGGUAUGCA